AUGCCGCGGCCGCCACCGCGCGCGUUCGGUCUCGGCGCGCCUGAGGUCCGACUCGCGCCGCCGCCGCCGCCGCUCCUCCCCCUCUUCACGCGCCCGCCGCCUUUCCUUUGUCUCGGCCGCGCUUCUUCUCUCGCUGUCUCGCUCUUCCACGCGCGCGUGCGCGGCCGGGCGGGCUCUCGCGCUCUCCUCCUCCCCCCGCCCCUCCCUCGUUUCCUUCGCCUCGCACCGGCCGCUCCCUCCCUCUCUCUCUCUCACACAUACACACUCUCCCUCCCGCGCCUCACUCACUCCCUCCCUCCCGCAGACCGGGAGAGGCGCCCAGUGACGUCGCCGCCCGCACAACAAUGGGAACCGGCCAUCCGCCGCCGGGUCAGGGGUCAGGGCCGAGGCGCGCACACACACACACGCUCUCGCAAGGAGGGCCGGAGCUGCCCGGUGUCCGCACCACCUGGGAGCGGUGAACCCUCUUCCUCGGAAGUGCCUUGGAAUGAUGGUGCACAACAGAAACCGACCUUGCCUCCACCAAGAGACUCCAUAUCCUUGUGUCAAGAACAAUCUCCAACCACACCCUUGUCCUACAGCGUCACCAAGAGGACAUGGCCACAUGAGGAAGUGUUAGAGCUGGAUUGGGCAUGUGAUAAGAAGAGGCCAACUCCAUAAUCAAAACAGCACUUCAUUAGACCCCUGAAGAGUGAAGAAAACACAAGACACCAAAGACAACUUGGCACCACACCAUAGAGGCAGAAAUGAGGACCCUGAACCACACCUGGGACACGUUAGAGAAGAUGGACAAGGACAGAAUUGGACGACCUUCACUGCUGUCUUAAAUGCCAGCAAUAAGGAUUGUGGAUUAUUGCAGUGCAUUAGCCUCUUAUCCUUACCACCUUUAGUUAGCGAAGAUUUUUUAGUAUCAUUUAAAUUUAAAAUAAAUAUUUAACCUGGUAUAAAUUGUUUACUGGAAAAAGUUAAUUCCACUAAGGCAGACUCUGUUAGAAUUUUGGAAUGCUCACAGAUGCAAGUUCUAAUGACAUUAAGUUAACUGUUUUAAGAGAAACAAUUAAGAAUAGGGACUAAAUUGCUUUUGUACAAAAUGGAUUCAACAGAUUUUAAAAAACAAUUAGAAUUGUUUCCAGUGAAAUUGGGACGGAGUGUACUGUAUAGCAGGAAGUGACUUUUUAUGUCAGUAGCUUGUCUUUCUUAAUUAAUUCUAUUCAAUGUCCAGACAGCUGUAUUAACUGAAAAUAAAGUUUGUGAUUUUUAUA